CGUGCUCAUGUGAAGGAGCCGCGGUGCAUGAUGGGAAAGUGUCAGCCAUUUCACCUUAAACUCUCUUCAGGCACUAAAAGCCCGCCGCUGCGGAAUAAUAAAAUCUCUAUAAACACUCGACAGGUGAUAGUGUGUCAGUAUGGCCCGUACUAAGCAGACCGCCCGUAAAUCCACUGGAGGAAAAGCCCCUCGUAAGCAGCUAGCGACUAAAGCGGCCCGUAAGAGCGCUCCCUCCACUGGAGGAGUCAAGAAGCCCCAUCGCUACAGGCCCGGUACUGUGGCUCUGCGUGAGAUCCGGCGCUACCAGAAGUCCACUGAGCUGUUGAUUCGCAAGCUUCCGUUCCAGCGUCUGGUCCGUGAAAUCGCCCAGGACUUUAAAACCGAUCUGAGGUUUCAGAGCGCUGCCAUCGGUGCCCUUCAGGAGGCCAGUGAGGCGUACCUGGUGGGUCUGUUUGAGGACACUAACCUGUGCGCUAUCCACGCCAAACGUGUGACCAUCAUGCCCAAAGACAUCCAGCUGGCACGUCGCAUCCGUGGAGAACGCGCUUAGACUUCAGUCUCUUCCUCUUGUCUGCACGUUUUCUUCAUCUGUAUUUGGUUAUUUUUUUAUUGGAGUGUCAGUUUUUGUGAGUGAUUUUUCUAUAUUUGUGUUUGUGUUGGCUUUGUACUCUCGGACAUGUGUCUGCCCUCAGGAUACUUAAUAAACUAAACUACAGGACCGGAGGUGCUGAUUCAACACUUAAAGCAGAUCUCGCACUGUGAUGUCUCGACACGCUCAAAUCUAAAUCAUGAUGAAAGAAGUCAAGACUGUCGGUGCUAACCUUCUCAUUUUCCUCUCCGGAAAUGUUACGUGUUCGUUUUGAAUCUGUAUUUGAAUCUUGUAUGUGUGUGGUUUUCCAUUGUUUUUUAAUACACAGAUCGGCAGAUGUGUAUGUAUAACUUCAGUGAUGCAUUCUGGGAUUGGGUUCUGAACGUUCCUUACACAUGGCUUGGAGGGCAUGAUUUUUUAUUUGUGUUCUUUGGACAAAUUGUGUUAUUUAGCAUAUGUAGCAACAGACUGUACCUGUUUUAUACCAUUUGGUAAUAUUCGUGAGUCUAUUUGUGAGAUAUUUAGCAGACACUCAGGUUUUUUCUACACCCAUCAUAGUUUUUAUCACAAAGUGAUUGUUUUCUGUGUACUUCACAAAUGAGGAACAAUAAAGUGGUGUUAAACUAUAUACUUUCA